AUGGAGUCUUCAUCUACUUUGUCAUUAAGGUCAAAUUCAAGUAGUAGUGUUACUACAGUUAGUGAAGAUCUGGAUCUCCCAAAAACUACUUAUGAGUAUAUUCGAUUAAUAUAUACUCGUAACAAUCAUGAAUUUUUAACCUUUCGUACCUUUAAUGGAUUUGACAUGGAUGGGAUGUUUGACCUGAUUAAGAAACAUUCUAGUAAUAGAAUAUAUCAUAGUGAUGAUUUGACUCAAUUGUCCAUUUCUGAUGAAUUUUAUGCCUGGGAAAAACUUUCAAUUGAUGGAAUUUGGAAUGGAGUACUUACUGUUAAGUUGAAUGUUACUGAUUUUGAACUUUGGUUUAUUCGAUUAAUGGUUGACCUGUCUAGAAUGAAGUUUGAAACUUUACCUGUGCCACUGUCUGGUUAUUCAAUAUAUACAAAUGCUAUUUCUGAGAUAUUUGUCGACCAAUUGAAGCAUACUGUUGAACAUGACCAAUGGAAAUUUGGGGGUAGAGAAUUUUUCAAUAAGGGGAUUGAUUUUUUCACAUCUCGCUGGCAACCGGUAGAGGCAGUUUUGCCAGCAUUCCCUUGUAAGUCUUCGAAUGUUGAAAAGGUUGCUGGUGAAAUGCCUGAUAAAGGUGAAGAAUUGGCUUUGAGACGGUUGAUUCAAUUUGCAGAUUCUGUUGGGAAGGUGUAUCCUCCUGGUAUUAUUGUUUGGAUUGUAAGUGAUGGACAUGUGUUUAGUGAUUGCAUUGGUGUUGACGACUUGAAGGUUAAUAGGUAUUCUCAAGCUUUAAAGGACUUGUAUUUGAGUAUCAAACCAGUUGAUUCCAAUCCAAUUAAGUUUUGUUCCCUUCCUGAUAUUUUUAAUUUGAAGAAUUCCAAAUUUGAAGAAUUUUUGGUUGAAGAUGUUGAAUUGGGUCACUAUCUAGGUACGGAAAUAGAUGCCGAAUCGGAAACUUGUCGUAAGAUUUUGGUUUCAACAUGUGAUACUGAUUGUGGUCAAUUGAGACAAGAUAUUACUACUCCUGGACAUUCUCGCCUAGCUUUAUUUAGAGGAUUUUCCAAGUUUAUGACUGAAGAUUUAGUUCACCAUCCUAAAGUUUCCAAGAUGAGUAGAAAACAAUAUAAAAAGAUUGUUUCUAAAGUUGCUUUUGAAAUGAUUAAACGUAAUGAUGCUUAUUCUAAUUUGGUUGAAUUGAUGUUUCCAUUUCAUUUGAGAUUUUCAAUUCAUGCACAUAAUAAUUCUGGACCUAAGUUUGGUAUUUCAUUGUUGGCUAAAGUUGGUGAUGAACCAUGUCAUCCAAUUGAAUCUAUCAUGGACCAUAAGAUUCCUGUAGAUACUGACUUGUUGCAUAUUCCAACUCCUUGGCACAAUUCAAUUGUUGUUAUUGAUGAUUUAGAGACGUAUUUUGUUAUCAAGGCUAAGAAGGUUCUUGAAGAAUUGGAAAAGGGAAAUGGUCAAGGUGGAUGGGAUGCUGCAAAUCUUCACUAUAUUUUUAUCUCUAAUUAA